GUUCCUGGGAUGGAAGCUUUAAUUGGAAAGGUCAAUGCAGAAGGUGCUGGCUUGCUGCAGGGUUCUGGAUGGGUGUGGCUGGCUCUAGACAAAGAAACGAAGAAGCUUGUGGUUGAACCGCAGAAAAUCAGCUACAACUUUGACAACCUGGCAUCUUUUAGUCAGCUUUUGUUCCCUUCGUGUGAAUCUGAGUACAAGAUUCUUUGUGCACAAACCCCUGAAUCAAAGAACUUUAUGGGGUUUAGCUUUCUGAAUGGGGUCUUCAUGGUACUUUUAAAUCUGAUCCUGGAGCUCAAUUCUGUCGGCUUUUAUCAGGAAGUAUCUUUUCUGUAUUUGCAGUUCUUACAACAUGCGCUGCUCAAAUAGUAUCCUCAGUGGAGCAAACCACGAGGCGCAUAAAGUGGGGAAGCCAAGAAGUAAGAACUUGCUGAUAAUAUUAUAAGCUCCCUUAAGAACAUAAACAGGAAAGCUCACUCUGUGGCUGCUUGUGAAUUGUGAUUGAAGAAAACUCAGCCCUUGAGUCGUGGCCGAUUGUGUGGGAGCCCGUUGGAGUAGAUAAUAAUUAAGGACACUGGUGGGGAUUCGUAUUUUAAUAUCUUAAAUUGUGGGAAAGAAUGUAGAAAUCUAAUUCUAUAUAUGUAUGAACAUAAUUAUAUGUAAGAUAAUUAGUUCUUCAAUUUUAUGUACUAAAAUACUGACAAUUGCAAAUUUACAAAGCAAGUUGUGGCCUGCAUAUCCUUAUAGUGGGAUCUCAUGCAAAUAUAUCAUUCCAUUAUAUUAGAUUUGAA